AUGGAGCAUCGCUAUACUUAUGAGGAUAAUGCGAGGCGACAUAGCUCAGGGAAGAGGAUUGGAAGCCUUACCAAGAAAGUACACGAGAGCCUGAUAUCAAUUGAAACAUCAGAUGAGGAGAACAGUGAUAACCUUAAAAAUGAAUUAUAUCCUAUAAUUCAUGAUCAAGAGAGUAUUUAUGAUAAUGAUAAUAGAUUUCAAAGGGAAUUGGAUAAAAUAAAAUCUAAAAGUAGCGAAAGAUUCAUGAAGAAGUGGGAAAGUAUUUUAAAUAAAUAUUCCAGUAUUAAUGAUGAGAAAGACAGCGAUGAAAUAGAUCUAUCUACCGGCAAAAUAGUUAAGGAUAACGGCCAUUUAAGAUCUUUGAAAAAUGAAGCUUCGCUUUUAAGUGAGGUUGCGAUAGACAGCAACAUAUGGUCUGUUACUUAUGAUGUGGACAGAGAGUCGGCAGCCAGAAGGAAGAGAGAAAGUAGAAAUAGACAAAGGAAAAGAGAGCUUAAGUCUAAACUAAAACAAGACGAUCUAUUUCAUAACAAUGGGCUGAUCUCAGAAAUUGCAACAUCAUUUCAAAGUACGGAGUGUGAGGGACACCAAAGUGAUUCUCUUGCUGAUAAUUUACUUUUAUUAACACCAUCACCAGCCAAGAGAUCCAGGGUAUCCCCUUCAAAGUACUCCAGCCCUCUUAAAGAUAGACGAUCUGAAACGCCAAGUAGGGUACUUCUGAGGGAAGACGCGUCUUCCCCUAUUAAACGAAAACUGGAGGAUCUGAUCUCGCAAACGUGUCCCAAUUUUUUAACAUCUUACAACCAAUAUCUAGAUGACCAAGUAGAAGAUUUAAAAGACGGCUUUUAUGAAGACAAGAAAACAAAUCUGGAAGGCUUCUUCAGGAAGAAUGAAAAUUGGCCAAGUUCUAGAAGAAAUCAAAGUCAAGAUGCAUCUUACCAAGGUUCAAUUAUCGCGCGUGAUUUAGAAAAGUCUGAUGACACUGAGGCUCUUGAUUAUAGAGAUCAAGACUCCAUGAGUGAUACUGAAGAUUCAGGUAAUGAGAGCAACGAUUUCAGCGAUCAAUUCCUGAUUGUGUCCGAUGUAUACCAUGAGCAUAUUCCAAGUACUGGCGGCAUGUCUAUCUUCGAAUGUGCAUUUGAUGAUUGUUAUUAUAGUACUGGAAAUAAGUCUUUAUACAGAAAACAUUUGAUCGAAAGCCACAGGGAGAUAUUAUCAAAAAUUGGGUAUCCAACCGCUACUCCUGAUGGAACUCAAAAGUGUGAGUCAGUUCUGUCUUCAGCUGUUACCAAGCUAACUCAGAUAUUUCCUUUGCAUCAUGAUAUACCAGAACUACCAAAAUCGGCAGAUUGUCAACCUCUAAUAUGUCAAUUGGGAAUAAAUGGAAAACCAUGUAAAAAGGUUUUUCUCAAUGAAGAAAGUUUAUUUGAGCAUCAAAAAGAGUACCCAUUGCGAUGCUCCUGCAAAGAUCAGGUGUUUGUAUGUCCGGUACUAGGUUGUGGUUUUAUGACUGAUGAAGGGUACUUAGAAUGGAGGAUGCAUUUUAUUAAAGAAGGACGUCACAACGAGUCAAUGGCUCCCUUGGUUUCUAAUCUUUCUGAGCUAAGUGAAUUAUUUUCUGACUCUGGUAAGUCAGAUUCAGAAUUUUCUGAAAUUAAUGUACAAUCUGCUCUUACUCAGAUUCAUAGAGGUUCGAAUUUAUGCAAUACAUCUUCAGAGGAAUAUACAUCAGUGCAAAAUUUCGAAAGUGAUAAGAAUGAGAAGAAUUGCGAAAGAAGAAAAUCAGAUAACACAUAUGAUUCAAAAAAUGACGUUCUAACUAAUAUCGGAGAAGAUAAACAUAUUGAAUCGAUCAGUCAUGAUGCCCUAGUAAAGGCGCCAAGGCACUUGUCUGUCAGUAUACCCAAGUUUUUAGAUGCAGCGGUUGAUAUACCUCCAAUGAUCACUUUAGAUGAAGACAAAGAUUACGACUCUUUAGAUGAAUUGUUCGAUUCUUGCGACUAA